UAGGCGAUGGGAUAAGCCUUUGCAACGGGGCCAUCAUCGCUACACUACCCAUCCAGUCCAGUAUAUAGUAGGCGAUGGGAUAAGCCUUUGCAACGGGGCCAUCAUCGCUACACUACCAACAUACAUAACGUAAGGAGUCUGCAGCCACUACUCCUCCCAACAACACCAACUCUGGCCUUGCUCUUCCCUGCGUAGAUAUAGUAGGCGAUGGGAUAAGCCUUUGCAACGGGGCCAUCAUCACUACACUACCAACAUACAUAAAAACGUUAGGAGUCUGCAACCACUACUUCUCUUUGCACGCUCCCAACAGCACCAACUCUGGCCUUGCUCCUCCCUGCGUAGAUAUAGUUCGCAGUGGGGUGAAGGAGGACCAGGAAGCGGUGGAAAACAGAGGCAACCAAACCCAACACAACACAACACAAGAACGGAGUACAACACACCACAACCACAACCACAAACAACACAUAAGUACACGAGAAUCUAAGGCAAAGCAACCCAACCCAACACAACUCAAGAGGACUCAAUUCCACACAAGAGCGCAUCAUAACAAAUCCCAACACAACACAAGAACACAAGAGUAUAAGGCCCAGCAACACAACUGAACCCAACUCAAGAGGAUUCAACCCAACACCAAAAGAGCAGCACAUCAGGGCGUGGCAAUAUGGAGGCAGAAAACGGGCAAGAGGAGAAGCACCCCGUAGACGAGAGAGGAAGGACGGGUGGACAAGACGCGGGAACGAGUGUGACCGUCGGGACCCGGAGGAACAAAGGCAGCCCCAAGAAGCCCAGGAAGAGGCGAGGAAGAGCCGGACCCAUGGAAGAGGAAAGGAGGCUAAUGGUGGAUAAAUAUACCGUGCAGCUGUCAACGAGCUGUCCUGAUAUACAGAAGUUUGAAAGGCAGUGUAGAAUAUUUGAUGAAGAGGAGGGAAAAAAGCCUUCCUCUGCCGCUAAAGAGAGUCGGCCGCUAAGCUAUGCUGAGAUCAAGAGUCACGAAGACCUUAACAAGGAAAGGAUAGCACAACACGCGACGAAGAACAAGCAAGAGGGGGGAACGGGAUGUCCUUCAUCCCUCUGCCAAGCGAGUACUGUGAGAAGGAAGCGCAGGAGAUCCGACGCGAAGCAGAGCAGCAAGGAAGCGAAGGUGCCACGUCGGGGAGAACUUGUAGAUGACUCUUAUGCUUUGAGGAAGCAGGAGGCUGAGGAGAGCGAGGGAGAGGAGGAGGAGGAGGUGCCGAGCGGUCCGGCAAACGGCGGGUAUGAGGAUGAGGUGAAGGCGCUGCUGAAAUCUGGGGUCCGGGGCAGCACCCUUCUCCAGGUGGAGUGCCCCAGCCUUGCCCCGCUUCCCUCCGCCGUGGCUGACGUUCCCGGCAGCCCCGCGGUGGUGCCGGUGUGCACGCUGCCGGAGGAGAGACCGAGCGGCGUGCGGCUGGCGACGCUCACGCCGCGGGACGUGCUGGAGGACAGUGUGCUGGAGGUGGGCGUGCUGGGGCUGCGCGGCACGCCCGGCUCCGUCACAGACCCACGCCUCGGGCCGCUGUUCGGCGGAACCGGCCUGCCGUGCGCCACCUGCGCCUCCCUCGACUGUCUGGGCCAUAGCGGUCACAUAGACCUGCGCCAGGACGUGUACCACCCGGCCUUCGUGACGCUCUGCGUGCAGACGCUGCGGAAGCUGUGUUACCACUGCCUGGGCCCCGCCAAGCUGUGCCAGCGGAACGUGCAGAAGGUGCGGAAGGCCGGGACGAGCUUGAGGCGGCCACUAACGAUGAAGGAUAUUUGGCUGAACAACGAGUUCGCAGCGACUGUGGAGGAGCCCGACCCGCGGCUGUGCGCCAAGAGGCAGCCCGAGUACCGCCUGGUGGUGCGGGAGGGAGUGGCGGUGAUCGUGGUGGCUGUGCCGGGGAGGCAGCAGCAGAGGGAGGUGGAGUUGUCGGCCAGCACCGUCAGGGCUAUCUUCGGACAGGUGCCACACCGCACGUGGCGGUACCUGGGCAUGAAGGACCCCUCGGACCAGGUGUUCGUCAGGUACCUGCGGGUAUGCCCCCUCCCCUGCAGGCCCGCCACCCAGGUGAACGGCACCUUCUACCCCAACCGUCUGUCCGUCUGCUACAACAACGUGGUCAAGCUGAGGAACGAGCUGGACCGUCUCCGCCUGCAGACACGGCAGCUCCUGCAGCGCCAGGACGAGGUGGUGCGGGGCGGGGUUCACAUGCUGCUGCUCCGGCAGGUGGACGCCAUGCACUGCCCCGGCUACCAGCCCGGCGCCGCGGCACGCUGGCCUAGACGGCUGGCUGCCCGCUGGGCCACCGACCACGACGAGAAGAGCAACAAGCUGGAGGAGGACGAGGCUCUGGCCAAGGACACCAGCCUCAACGUUGACGAUGGGGAGCAAGAGGGUGACGCGGACAAGAAAAAGAACUUCAACACUCCCGAGGAGGGAGGAGGACAAGGCGAGGCGGAGGACGAAGGCGCAGCACCCUCGACGCCGCCGCUCGCCGAGUGGCUGCUGGACCCUGACGUCGACGAAGAGAACGGAGUCGCGGGAAAGGAGCAGCAGAGUGAAGCUGCCCGCGACGAGGAAGAAGAAGAAACGUGGGACAAGGAAGAAUUACAGCGGACAGACAGACUGCACCGCCUGAAGCAGAGGGUGCAGGAGGUGGCGGCCCGGGUGUGUGUCCUGCAGCAGCAGGCGAGGCAUAAGGUGCUGCUCCUUACCGCCGCCGUGGCUGCCGUGAUUCAGAGGCAGCUGGCCAAGGUCACUGGCAAGCAGGGCGUCCUGCGGCACCACUUGCUGGGCAAGCGCGUCAACCAGUGUGCCCGCGCCGUGUUCACGGGCGACAACUCCCUCCCGCUGGGCGUAGUGGGCGUGCCACGCGUCGUCGCGGCCAAGAUCUUCCAGUACGUCCACGUGCACCAGGGGAACCUGAAGGAGUGCCAGGCCAUGGUGCGUCACUCCCUGGAGUACCCGGGCGUGGUGGCCGUGAUCUGCGGGAGGCGACGCAUCGAUCUGCAAAAACUCAGGGCCAAUAAGGGCCGGCGUGGGGGCCGUGACCACGCUCCCCUGGUGCGCCUGCAGGCCGGGGACGUGGUGCAGCGCCACCUGAUGGACGGCGACCAGGUGGUGGUGUGCCGGCAGCCCACCCUGGCUAAGGCCAACAUGGAGACCCACACGGUGCGCGUCACGGACUCCCGCACCAUCAGCCUCAACAUCUCCGCCACGGACAACUUCGCCGCCGACUGCGACGGCGACGAGAUGAACCUGUUCGUGCCGGGCGUGGAGAGCCACGCGGGGCGCCUGCUGGAGAUUGAGCACAACGCCGUGUUCCCAAAGAGCGGCAAGGUGUCGCUACGCAUCAAGCAGGACGCCCUGCGCGGCGCCUACUCAACCAGCCUGCGGGACACCUUCCUCACGCGGGAGGAGUUCACGGCGCUCAUGCCGAGAGACUGUGAGGCGCCUCCUCCCGCCCUGCUCAAACCAUGCCGCCUGUGGACGGGGCUGCAGCUGCUGUCCCUCGCCCUGCCGCCCACCCUCACCGUGGACCAGGCGGGCGUGCCUUUGCGGCUGGACUCGCUGCUGGUGCGCCACGGCACGAUGCUCUCCGGGGUGUUCGACAAGGGCGCCCAAGACAAGAUUCUGGAGUGCUGCAAAAUGUUCCUCGGCCGCAAGAGCAUCGUCGCCACCGUCCAGCGGCUGCAGGGCGUCGCCGAGCGCUUCGUGGACGAGGUAGGCGGCGUCGGCUUCACCUUCCUGCCGGAGGACUGGUCGUGCCCCGCCGCCACGCUGGACAUGAUGCGGCAGGAGUUACACGACGCCCUGCGGCGGGCCCAGGACAUAAAGUGCCCCCUGCGGCGCAACGCUAAGCUGCGGCAGCUCCUUGCCGACCAGGCGAACCAACUGGUGCCGCAGCUGGCCAAGGAGAGCAACGCGGCGGCCAUGCUAGAGGCCGGGUCCAAGAAGCGGCCGCAGAAACUGGUGCAGGUGUGCCUGGCAGUGGGCCAGCACAACCAGAACGACCAGCUACCCGACAAGCACCUGGACGGCUGCCGCCUGCUGCCCUUCUUCAGCAGGGACGACAAGCGGCCCCAGGCGGAGGGCUUCGUGGACGAGCCGCUGCUGGGCGUCGGUUCCAUCACGGCGGACGUGCUGAGCGGCAUGGUGGCGCGCAGCUCCUCCUAUAAGAAGCACUGCGCCACGGGGCAGAGCGGCUACCUGCAGCGGAAGCUGGGCAAGCUGAUGGAGGACCUGACGGUGCGGCACGACGGCACGGUGCGCGACGCCAACGAUGAGAUCGUGCAGCUGCUGUACGGCGACGACGGUCUGCUGCCGGAGUGCUGCGUGGCGGUGACGCUGUCCACGGGGCCGCUGCCCGACCACGUGGCGGACUUCUAUCUGCCCCUCAUCGCGGACCGCCGCCUGGCCAAGGAAGAGCGGCGGCUGCUGAGGAAGGAGCUGUGGGCCUUGUGGCGCGACCGUCAUCAUAUGGGGCGAGACACGCGGGGCGGCCCGCUGGAGGCCUCGGUGCCCUUCCACCUGCCGCACCUGAUGGCCCACGUGCUGGCCACCGUUCCCGCCGCCGGGCCGCCGCCCACCGUUACGGACGUUGCCUGCAGCGUUCAGGAUUUCUUUGUCUUCCUGGACCACUCCAUCGAGAAGCCGCUGGGCAAGGCGGCGCGGCGCAGGAGGGAGGAGUAUGUGGAGGUGAUGGAGGCGCAGCGGCUGCAGGCGGCGGCGGCCAGCAGAGCCGGACACCCAAUGGGUCCGCGUCCCCGGCGUGGCGGGGGAGGCAAGCUGCCCGAGGUGAACAUGCUGCGCGAGCUGGAGAUGACGGCGCGGGAGGGGCGGCGCGGCGCGGAGGUGCGACUGUUGGGUGACCCGCUGGCCACGCUGAAGCGGUACGUGAGGCAGCACGUGAACACCCUCAGCGUCCGCCAGGCUGGCUUCAGCACGGGGCAGUUCUCCGCGCUACUGGAGGCCAUGAGGCGGCUUUACCAGGAGAGCCGCCCGGCGGCCGGGGAGGCCGUGGGCUCCCUGGCCGCCCAGGCGCUGGCUGAGCCGCUGAUGCAGAUGACGCUGAACGCUUGUCACCGCGCCGCCGUGGCCUCGGACGGGGACGCCAUCCCGCGCCUCACGGAGCUGCUCAACGGCCAGGCGGAGGAUGCCCUGCUGGAGCUGUGGCAGGGCGGGCUGCUGCGCGCCCGGGACUACCUGGUGCGGGAAGUGGGGCGCGUGUACGCGGCGGCGGGGGAGACGGUGGAUGAACGCCACGUGCGGCUGGUGGUGGACUACAUGCUGAAGGAAGGCGCCAUGAGCGGCUUCACGCGCUUCCACGUGCCGCCGCAGACCAGCUUCCUCAAGGCUGCGGCCUUCGAACAGCCCCUCAGUCUGCUGCAGACGGCAGGCUGGCGUGGCCGCGCUGACGGCCUGCGCGGCGUCAGUGAGAACCUCAUCCUGAACGAGGCGGCGGACGUGGGGCCCGACGCCUGCGACACUCUGACGUGGCUGGGCCUCCGCGAAGACACAUGCACGCCUCCACGGCCGCCGCUGUUGCUGCAGUCCAGGCAGCAGCAGUCACGGCAGGACGACCCGCCCCUUGCAGGACACGAGUCCCUGGACCCGUCCCUCCCGCAGGCCUGGGGACUCUCCGACUCUGAUGACGAACUUGUCUCUUACGGCUCUGUGUGAUGACGAUGGGGCCGAGGCGAUGACGUGAAGCCGAAAGUUAACCCCUACCCGCCCUACCGCCUCUAUUGAAGGCCCCAGCUGUGCCGGGCGAAGACACUUCCUCGGCCUCGUGCUGAAGGGCGAUGUCGGGUGCCCUGCUGGGGGGGCGGGCAUUGUGAGGGUUGGGAUAAAGGGGGGGGGGGUCAAUUCUGGGGACUGACUUGCCUAUUUCUGGAAGAUUUUAGUGUCUGCACCAUUAUGGAAGGAACAGUUUUACCCGAGGAUCACCUGUAAUAUGCCCUGGAAGGUUUUAGUGCUUAUGUAACACUAUGGAAGGAACUUUUUGUUGCAUUUCAUCUUACUUUUCAUUGGAGGAUCACCUGCACAUAGUUUUAAGGUUACAUUGUUAUUAUUUCUGGGAGAUUUUUGCGCUUAUGUAACAACACCCUUGAAGGAACAACUUUUACCUUGAGACUCACCUGUCCGUGGAGUAUUGUGGCUACACUGAACUUUGAUUAUUGAACUUUAGCGGUUGCUUUUGUUUCGUCAUUAAUAAACAUCCAUCAAAGGAACAGACAAGA